AUUAUCCCUAUGCUAUAGUAAUAGCAGGUUUAAUUGCCUUAUAACAUAUUUUUUUCUAAUGAGUAUAGGAUAUAUACAUUUUACUGUAGGAUAUUAUACCAUGAGCACAUAUACUGUAAAAGGUUUUGGUUUUGUUAAGUAGACGACGUAAAAAAAGGGAAUUUGUCACACAAAAAAAGUCUCCAAUGUUUGGUAUUUGGUGUAUAAGCAUUUGUCAUAAGCAGCUGUGAUGAAAAUAAAAUGCCAACAUUGUAAUAAUCUUGUGUGUCUGUGUGUGUGUAAAAACUAUAUAAAUGUUGAAAUAUAUUUUUAUUACUUAGACAUUAUUAGUACAUAUAGAGUGACAACUGAAAUUGAUAUCACUUAGUUUGCAUUGCAGGCUAUUUCCUCUUGCUUUCUAGGCAUAUGCACAAAAAACAUGUGCAUCAAACUGAAUAUUUUUUGAUCAGUUUGGGCCUCUGAAUUAAAUCUAUGAGUUGUUUUGUUGUUUUCUAAUGUGAGCUCCAUUGUCUCAGUGUAUCAUACCAUUUGGCCAAAAUGAUGUAUCAAAUAUGAUAUAAAACGUGCACAAUUAUAUAUAUAGCUUUUAAAUACUAUCAACAGAGUAAAACUGUGCAUUAUAGUGCCACCUAUAGUGCCAUGUCAAGAGAACAUGAAUUGUGGAUGGGAUUUGGGAUCUUCCUUCAAGGCUUGGCAUUCACUACACUCCACAAUUUUACAGACUAAGAAAAAAAAAGAAAAAAGAAUGAUGCCCAAGCAGCUUGUUUGUAUUCUUAGUGAACAAAGUUUUUCCAUAUUUUCAAUUUUUAAAUGUCAUUUUUGCUCAACAAUGCAAGAACAAUGAUUCUACAUUAUACAUAUAAUAGAUUUUUUCGAUAGCUAAAAUUUGUCAUCAACCAGCUAUUUGUAUUUCAAAGAACAGCCUAAGCCGUUGCACACAUUUUGGUUUCAUUAAGAGUCCAAACAAUACCUCAUUUAACUUGACACAAUGUGUCUUUUUCAUUACUCAGGUUAAUCUAUCACCCUUGAACUGUUUUAUGGCCUUUGACGUCAGACCCCACUUCACUCUACUUACCUGCUGCCUUCAUCAUAACUAGACUCGCUGUUUUGUAAUUGAUUCCAAAGGUGCUGGAACCUCACUUAUUGAUUAAAAGCUACAUUAGUUAGCAAGUAUACACAGAAUAUAUUAUGUGUGUUGAUGCACACAUUUGAGGAACAGAGUAAUCAGAUUUAAAUGUACAGAAAUAUGGAAGAAUAGAAAGAGGGAGGACUGUAAUGAAAAUGUAUGUUCUGCUUCUUGGAGUUUACCGAACACUGGGGAAUCACACAGGUUCUGUGGUUGGGUUGGUCUGAUCAACACGAAUUAUAGAAGUCUAAUUUGGAAGAUUCAUGAAUGGAUUGCAUCAGAUCUUAUUGUGUUUAUUUUUCUUAUGGUGAGUGUCACCCUGCAUAUAUUCUGCUCCUGCGAUGAUCAUGCAUCUUGGAUGAAUGAGGUCUUGCUUGUUGGGAAGGUGUGACAGACUCAGAUUUAUUACCCUGAGCAUCGAGCAAAGUCCGACUGAGGGCCUUUACACAGCACCAUCUGUGAGACACCCUGCGUCUGUUUUCCUCCCUGUCCUGCUCUGAGUCCUGGAGGACUGUACAGUUAUGAAUGAGAGCUUACAAAGACCCAUGACACCCCUCUCCUAUGGACAAUGAACAUCUCAGACUACCCCUUGGAUCACCCCCAGCCCACAGCCCACCACUCUGCCGAGUACAUACAGGACCUUGUGUCACAAGAGGGACCAUCGACAUCUCAGGAGUUAAAGCCAGACCCAGACGGUAGGGCAACUCAAGAAGAGGGCUGUCCCGUGUGUGGUGACCGGGUGUCAGGAUAUCACUACGGUCUACUCACCUGUGAGAGCUGUAAGGGCUUUUUUAAGCGCUCUGUACAGAACAACAAGCGCUAUUCAUGUGCAGACGCACAGUGCUGCCCCAUGGACCCAGCCCAGAGGAAACGAUGCCCUUACUGCCGCUUUCAGAAAUGUCUAGCUGUUGGCAUGAAGAAAGAAGCUGUACGUGCGGACAGAAUGAGAGGUGGCCGAAACAAGUUUGGACCUCUAUACCGACGGGACAGGCAUCUGAAACAGCAAAGGGGGAUCUACUACCAGACGAACACUGCCCCCUACAGGGUCAAAUUUGAGGGACCACAAGCACUGGUACCUACCACGCCUCAUGAUUUUCAUGUCCUCAACCCCUCCCCUGCGUCUCUUGGCUCUGACCAUUACCAUCCACCUCAGCCCUUUCAUCCCAGCAUGAGCCAGUCCGAGUUUCCCAUGCUGUUGGACUGCACCAUGCCCAGAGACCGGACACUGUCUGAUCCAUCCCUACCUUUCCAUACACUGUGCUAUCCAGGCUUCCAAGGAUAUCCUCCUGAGAAAAGAGAGCUCCCCUUUAGCUAUAGCUCUGCUUCGGUGACACCCCCUGCUCCAAUCUCUCCUACUGUUCUCUCCACACCUGCACCUACACCCACUGCUACACUCACGCCAACCUCACCUCCAAGCUCCACUCCAACUCCAGCACAGAACCUGAUACCCACUUCAACGCCAACCCCUAGUUCAUGCUUCCUAAAAGAGCUCCUACAGGCUGAGCCAGAUGAGAAGCAGCUCUGCAUGCGGGUGUUAGCAAGCCUCCAAAAAGAACAGGCCUGCCGCGGAAAACAUGACUGCCUCAACACCUUCAGCAUCAUGUGCAAAAUGGCUGACCAGACUUUGUUUGGACUGGUGGAGUGGGCAAGAAACAGCACACUGUUCAAGGAGCUCAAGGUGGAGGAUCAAAUGGUGUUACUGCAGAGCUGCUGGAGUGAGCUUCUUGUUCUGGAUUACUUAUGUAGGCAGGUGGCUUAUGGGAGAGGUGGCAGCAUCUGUCUGAUUACUGGACAACAGAUUGAAGUAUCAACCAUCCUCAGUCAGGCUGGAGCAACUCUUAGUAGUUUGGUGUCCAGAACCCAGGACCUUGUCUCCAAGCUUAGGUCACUACAGCUAGACAGAGAGGAGUUUGUGUGUCUCAAAUAUCUGGUUCUCUUCAAUCCAGACAUUAAAUCAGUACUGGACCAAAGGCAGGUAGAACAAACUCAAGAGCGUGUAAACAAGGCUUUGAUGGACCACACUAUGCAAACCCACCCAGGUCACCCUGACAAGUUUGGACAACUGUUGCUCCGUCUACCCGAGGUGCGCAGUAUCAGCCUACAGGUGGAGGAAUACCUGUAUCAGCGCCACCUGCUGGGAGAUUUGCCAUGCAACUCAUUGCUGACUGAAAUGCUUCAUGCCAAGCACACAUGAGACAAUCAAAAUAAAGUUUGUUUUUUGGAAAUGCUUUCAUAUAUUUGGUAUCUAAUAAUUGUGAACUUUGAACAAGUCCAGAUGUCAUCAUUAGCUGGCUGUACUAGUUAGAAAUAGAACAAACAGACAAUAGGAACAAAAACUAGUUUCAGGUGCUAUGAGAUGUAAAGCACAUCUACAGAUUCUUUUUACUACUCAACUUACAGUUAUGGAUCACGUCCAGUCAAAAAUGUAAGUGUUCAAACACUGAAAUUUGUAUAAAAAGACAGAGGCUCAUCAUAAAUCUUUCUAAUUGUUUACAAGAUUGAGCUUCCAAUAAAAGUGUCUGCAUAUAUUGCUAUGGUCUGAUGAUAUCAUGUGUCCUGUGUCUAUGCAGCUAUAGAAGGUUGAAGAUCAUGAAGCCAGUCAAGAUCAUUAUCAAGUCAUAUUUCUAAAAAAUAAAAAGGCAAGAAAAGUGGAUACAAUGUAUAUAACACAUAGAACUUAAGUAAAAUCAGCGAUGAUGAGAAAUAAUUGGGAUUAUUUAAAAAUGGUUUUAUUUUUCUAAUCCGGUCACAUGGGAUUGAUCCAUAAUCAAAGAAUUUGGGAGAAAACACAAAAACUACCAACAUGAACAUGGAAACAUUAAAAGGAAAAUACUAAACAUUAAUGUGCUUUCUGAAAUGAAUGAGUGAAUCACCACAUUUGCAAGAACAUAAAUAAUAAAAUCUGAAACACAACUGAAAACUCUAGCUCCUCCUCACCCAAUAAAUACACCUUAGGUGACCUAACAUUCUACAGAAUUGCACAGAAUCCAGUUACAUUGAACCAUCAUGUUUUACC